CGUCGUCAGUUACCAGAUGCAGGUAUGGCACCGUCCGCUAAGGAUAGUGUCAUUGAAGAUGACCAGUACUUUAGGGUUAUUAUAAACGAACGCAGUGUAGACGAUAUUUCCUUGGAUUUCUUUUAUAAACCCCACACGAUCACCUUGCUGGUUACAUGCAUCUCUGGUCUUCUUUACUUUGCAUUUACAAGAGAUGAUAGCAACCAAGAGCAGAAUAUUUGGAAUGGCUUGAGUUGUGUCUUGUUCUUUUUUCUUAUCAUCAGUGUAUUAGCUUUUCCUAACGGUCCAUUCACAAGACCACAUCCUGCAAUAUGGAGAAUAGUUUUCGGUCUCAGUGUGUUUUAUUUCAUGCUCCUGCUGUUCAUACUGUUCCAGACAAGGACAGAUGUUCGAAAAAUGAUCAUUUGGCUCUAUCCAGAACUGAAAGAUUCAGGGCCAGAUGAAAAGGAGUAUGCAGUAAAUUGCUCCGAGAUCUCUGUCCAACGAUUGUGGAGCAGUGUGGAUGUUUUUAUAUUAUGCCAUUUUUUUGGCUGGGUCACCAAAGCUCUACUGAUUCGGCAUUAUGGCAUCCUGUGGACAAUUAGUGUCAUGUGGGAGAUUACUGAGAUAGCUUUUGCUCACCUGCUCCCCAACUUUGCUGAAUGCUGGUGGGAUGCCAUUGUACUAGACAUUCUUCUGUGUAAUGGCCUGGGCAUUUGGCUUGGCAUGUGGCUGUGCCGUAAGCUGGAGAUUAGGGAUUAUCAUUGGGAGAGCAUUAAAGACAUUCAUUCCACAACUGGAAAGUUGCGUCGAGCCGUCUUGCAGUUUACACCAGUCAGCUGGGUGUACGUGCGAUGGAUGGACCCCAACUCUACCACUAUGAGAAUUAUUGCUGUCUGGAUUCUGAUUGUUGCUUUCCAGAUGGUUGAGCUCAACACAUUCUUCCUGAAGCACAUCCUGUACAUCCCUCCUUCACAUAUGUUGAAUCUGAUACGCUUGCUGUUGAUCUGUCUCAUAUCAGCACCCACCAUAAGGCAGUAUUAUGUCUAUGUUUCUGACACCAGAUGUAAAAGAGUUGGAACUCAGCUUUGGGUUUUCUGUGCCAUUAUGCUGACAGAAAUGAUAAUUUGCAUCAAGUUUGGUUUGCAGAUGUUCCGACAGACAGUAGCCACUUAUGUUAUAACAUGGUUGUGUGUUCAGAUGGUUGGCAGCUUUGUGUGUAUUUAUUUGUGUGCCCUGUUUGCUGAGAGGUGGAACAAAUGGAAGUAUGACCAUGAUAUGGAUUCUCCUAUACGAAAGCCAAGAAUGAAACCAUCCAUGCCACCCAUUGACAACAACUCAGAUGGGACAAUGGACUGUGCCUCUGGCAGAGACACACAGAGUAGCAGGAAUAAGAUUGACAAGGAGAAUGGAUCAGUGAAAGAUGUUGGAAAAUCCAGCAUUGGUCUCUCUCACUCAACCAAGGCUCAUAAACUCAGGUCAAGGUCACACUCUGACAAAAAGGCUCAUGUUUCAACCAACGUCAAAUCCAGCAUUGGGAACGGAAGUUUAUAAUGAUGAGCUCAUUGGUCAGGACAUUGUAUUUUAUUCAAACUUGGUGAACAUUUGUCAAGCAGUGUUCACUAUUAGAUCGCAUUUUUUUCUAAUCUUCCUAAAUGUUGUUAUUUUAAGUCGGUUGUAGUCACAGAAUAAACUCACACAGAAUGAGCUUUUAAUCUACAUAGAAAGUUGAAGCCACCAUUUUGAUAUUAGUUUAUAAUGUUAAACAUGAACAUUUGUGCAAUGGCCCAUGGUCCCAAGCAGACGUAAGAAUUUUUCCUAAGAAUGUUUUUGAGUCCAUCUGGUUGUGUAGACGAAGUUAUUUUUCUGUUAUUGUACACCAUUUCAAAACAUGAGCUGUAUAAUAAGAGAUUAAAAAUGUAUUUCAUUUGCCCUUUUGGGUACUUAAAAACAAUCACUUUCUCUUAAAUUAUAUUUCAUUUGUACUAAAAAGCAGCUGCCAAACAUAAAAACGAAUGUUAAGUCUUUAUAAAGAAAGGUGAAAGUAGUUCUGCUCACAGUAGUGUAAAACUACUCAUUCUGUGUAAAGUAUACUCUGUAGUUGUAGUAACAAUUUGUUAGGCCUGUUAUAAGUGUAUAUUAUAUUCACAUUUUUAUUAUCUCCCAUUUGUUACAAUUUGAAUACUCUGGUGGUGCUUCUGCAUUCCUAGUAGCUAGGUCGGGGAGAACGAUAAAGUCUUUCUUGGGCAACAUAAAGAAAUAUGUAAAUAAAACUUGUAUAAAAUUGCAUAAAAAAUAAAUGAAAAACAAAGUGUAAGGGAAUGGACGUAAAGUAUUGAAAUAUAAAGUUUGUUGAAUUAAUCUAGCAUUGAGUCUUCUGUUCCAUGGAUACUUGGGUAUUUUACUUAAAGAAAACAGAAAGCUCAACAGCUAUUUUGACAAGCAUCCUAUUAUUCAUAAACCAUAUCCUCUAUGAAUGCCCCUUCGUAACCCUCAGGCAUACCCUACUUCCACUACAGCCCAACAUAACCAACACCCUGUAUGGCAGUGCUGAACAACUGAAGAAAGCACUUUUUUUUUUCCUUGGCACAGUCUACAAAAGAGCUCAGCAGCAAUAAAGCUGCCUGUAAUGAAGCUAGUUAAGGAUAACUCCCUUUGAAGAAUACAAGUUGCAAUAAUGCAUUAUAUUACACACUAAGUGUGUAUCAGUUCAAACCAACUUACUUCAGAACUUUGUGUUACCAGACUGUGUGGAGAAGCAGAUUUAAUGCUAGGUGCUCAAGCUUCUUAAAUGAUUUGGUGACAGAAUAGAACAGCAUUAGGCUGCUAGGCAAGAAUCUCUAGUAUGAAUCAUGGCUAUUGUAAAGAUAUUUUAACUCAGGAUUUUUGGGGGGAUUUUUUGGGGCAUCCCUGAAUCAGUAAAAAGGAUUCAUGAUCAUGUUUUACUCUUUUCAACUUGAAUCGAUGGUUCUCAACUAAAUAGACUUUUCUAGAUCUUUUCUUAAUAUUUCUUCCUUCUCCACAGUGUACUUUUAGGUUUCACUAUCAUAUAAGCUUUUACAUUUAGUAAUAGUCUGCAAGUUGUCUCAUCAUUACUUAAAGAUGGUUGCAACUGACCUUUCUCAACUGUCAUUAACUAUAGGCAUGUAGAUGUUCCACUGUUCUCUUCUUCCUGACACUUCAGGUACAAUUUUUGAUCAUGUAAAAAUGCCUUGAUGGCACUUUUUUUUAGUGGUGACCUGGAUUCAUCAUUUGUAAGUGUUCUUCAUUUUAAAACUUUGAGAAGCGAUUAUUGUCAUUGAAUCAAAGCGCAUUGUAGCUAUUUAUAGCUUCAGAGUCACCCGCCGAUAUUAUUAAUGUGAAUGUUCCUUCAUAUAUUGUCUUCUCUUUUUCGUUUUCUUUUUCUUACAAAAUUCUUGCAUCUAUGUACAUAUAAACCUAGUUAUGCACAAAUCACUCUUUCAUAUGCUUGUUUUUGUUUUGUUGGUUUGUUUUUUUUUUUUAAGCAUUUUCAUAUUAUGCGGAACAUUUCUAAUGCUGUUGAACUUUUUUUUUUUUAACUUUUGGCAUUUUUCUUUUAUGUAUGAUAUAUGCUGAAAUGGAGGUGAUUAGAUAGAUAACUGAGCCCAGUGUAUUUAUCAAUGAGCUAUUGACACAACCUAUCAUAAAAUUAUCAUUACUAAGCUAUCUACUAAAGUUAGUCAUCUCACUUCCUAACAUAUCAAUUCCCAGUAAGUUGUUAGAAUCUACUAGCACUUUUUGGUCCAGUGUGUUCAAUUUGAGUUGAUUCAAAUUUUAUAAAUAAUGUGUGUGUGUGUAUAAUAGGACACAUUUUUAAAUGUUCUUCCAUAUUUUUAUUUUGCCAAAAGCUCUCUUUGUAUUUAUCAGUUUUUAUCCCUUUUUUUAAUGUCUUGGUGCAGAAUUGCAGUUUGUUUGAAUAAAUGAAAAAAUGUGUUAUAUUUUGUUUAUCUUUGACACAUUCUUGAACUCAGAUAUUUGUACGUUGAAAAAAAACACUUUGAAGAGUUGUCUUCCCAUACCUUGCUGAAAAUCAGGAGAAAAAAAUGUUUUGUCAUCAUGUAGGAACUUAGCUUAAUCCUCUUGGCAGUAUGCACUGGGCUGAAAAUGCUAUAGAUAAACAGCACAUGUUCAAAAUCCAUUUAUUAGAAUGUUGUAAAAGUGUUGCCUUUGCCCAAUGUAGGAACAUAUCAUGCAAAAAGCUGGAAAUCUUGUCACUUAUUACCUCAGUACAAGUUUUCGGAGUUUGUGGAUUACUCUUUUUUUGUGACUGUCACCCUCAGAGCUUGCCAAAUCAUUCUAACUUGAAAGAUUUUUUUUUCUUUACUGAAGUAUCUGGUUUCCUUAAACAUUAAAUGGUCAUCACAGCUGGGAGUUGUGCUGGACACACAAUACCUUCGCAAGCUUGCUUGGUCAUGUAGCAUGCACUCAUGUUUGAACUCUCUCUGCUGUCAUCCCUGCCAUUUUGCAGGUAAUAAUCUUCAUUUCUGAAGAAACAUCUGAAAUAUCUAAAAGGAAGUUCUCAGUUGUACUUGCUCUUUGCUCCUGAGAUCCUGAGACAUUUGAUUGCCUAACUAAAUAGUGAGGAGAUGUAGACUGCCAGGCAGCAUGUUUACUUUGACGCCAACUUUGAAGACUGACUUGUUGUAAGAUGGCAUUGGAUUUUGUUUACCUCUUUCUUGCAUUUUAACAUUUUGUGUAUGAAUUGACUUGAGGUCAGAGCUCAUCAGUAUUUUCCCUGUGUUACAUGAAUGCUUAUUUUUGGUUUUUAAAUUAUUUUCUCAUUAUCAAACUGUUCUUAAGUAUUUCUUUUUAAUUUGAGUUUCAGAAAAGGAUAACUUGACUUGUAUAUUGAGAAUGAUGUGAAUAAGAUUUAUAAACUGUUCUCAUAUCUAGAUAAUAGAAGUUGACAGGUUUUUAAGGAUUAAUAUAAGUCAAAACUUAAACCAUCUUAACUUAAGCUCAUUUGGGUAGACAUGUUUAAUUAUGUAAUUUGCGUUUAAUACAACAAAUGUCUUUUUUUUUCUUAUUAAAGCUUAUGAAUGUUAUUGAAUAAUAUAAUAAAGUUUUUGGUUAGGGUUAAGCUGGCCCACCCUCAGUGGUAGAACUACUAUGUCUUGUACCAUUUGUGCGAAUGGUGAUAGUCCGCAAAGGAGGUCCACUCUCUCCUUCCAGCUGAUGGAGUAUUAGAGAUAAAAAAAAAUGUGAUUAGUAGUGAUCAUCACCACAGGAUCUGACUGAAUUAAUUUAUAGCUAUUACUAAUAUAGCAAUGGAUAAUAGAUAUUGAAAUAUACAUUCAAAAGUAAAAAUAUUUUUGUGUUUUAAAAAACAUAAAUAUAUUAUUUUUGUGUCUUUUAUUGUAAUUUUUUUUUUUACAGUAGCCAAGCUGAAAAAAAUGACUAUUUUAUGUCAUUUAGAUUAGUUGCAUGGUUUUAAUGAAGUAGAUACUGGUGUUGUGAUCUGCACAUCUGCUUGGUUUUCACUUUGUCACAUUUAUAACUUAUUGGUAGCUCAUUCUUUUGAAUGUACAUGGGCAUUUUAUUUGUGGUCCACAAGACGUUUUUCUUUUAAUUAUGGACAUCCUGGAUGAAAAAAAAAAUAUUUUUUUUCUCAUUUAAGGCCAGUUCACUUUCAUUAUGUGUAAGACAGAAGACAUUUGUCAGUAUUUAUUAUAAAGUUAUUUAAUUAAUUAAUUGCAACUCAACUAUGUUUGUUGGUUUGAUACAUAAGAACAGUGUUCAUUUACCAUAUUCCCAGGUUCAAGCUCAGUUAUAUUUAUUUUGUCAUUCGUUUAGCGUACCAAUGGACCCUUCAAAACUGGUUUGAGGGGAAGAGUCCAAUCUGUAUUCUUGAUGCCACAUUCCAUUUAGAUGUAAAGGAGACACACAUUUGAAGGAGUAUUCUCUUAUUGACUCUUAAAGAGUUGCAUUGGAUUUUCUUUUAUAAUCUGAUUAUAGCUAUUUUCUAUAUCUAUAUUUGUUUUUGCCUUUCUUCAGUUAAAUGUCUUGUUCAAAUCUAUUUGUCUGAGAAAUCUCUAGUUGAAAAGCUUUUUUAUUUUUAUAUUCGGAAAAAAUACUUAUCUUAUUGUCCAACAUAAACAAUUUUUUGAAGCAAAGUCACCCCAUUUCACGGUACCAGUAUUAUUAAAUACAAAAAAUGAAUUUCUGAGAUACUCAGAAUAUGAUGUUUCUUUCCGCAUGUAUUUGGUAAUUUUUUCUGCUUCUGACAAGAUGUCAGCUUUACCAUCUUCCAUACUCUGUUUUCAGAAUUGGUGGUGUCUAUCCUUGUCUCUCUGUAUAUAGCUUGUAGUGUCACCAUCAUCAUCAUCAUCAAACUCCAUUAGAGUGAGGGCUUGAGAGGCUCAAAUCCUCUCUUGCAAAAGCCCUGGACAGAAACCCUGCUGUCUUGCGUAGUGCAUAAAUGUCGCAGCACUGUGUAAUUUAGAGCUUCAUCUUCCCAGCUGUUACCAAUGUAAGAAUAACUUAUAUGAAGUGAGUGGGGCAUUCUUAAGGUUGCUGCUUUGACAGCAGCAUUACGCAAUGUUUUAUUAAAGAUCGUCUGGGGGGUUAGUGCCCAGGUAUUAAAUGAUCAGGAAAUUCAGUAUCUGGGGUUCAUUUGUGAUGUUACCACAUCUCUCCACAUAGUGUGGUCUAGAGAUAGAUCUUCCCAACAGCUGGUGUCCACUAGCAUCGGAUUAUGUGUUAGAGAUGAGGGUGGUGAGUUUAUAACCAAUUUCCUCUGAGAAUGACUUUUAACCUUUAAAACGUAUGUGGUAGUUUAGCAUCUAAACAUCAGAAUUGUAUAUCCAUUUGGUAUGCUUUCAUUGUAAACUUGCUCAGCACUCUAAGGGUUAAGGUUGGUUCAUCCUCUUUAUGGGAACAUGACUUAGUUAAUGUAGCUCUGUGUGAGGGUGGUGAAUAAACUGGGGAGUCAAUCAUGGUUUUGUAUGGCUUGGUUUGUCUUGCCAUCUGAAUUUCUGGAUACAACCAAAGUAGUGUGCUCUUUGUAAACCUCUAUCUGUUUUUGUGGUAGCAUAAGCAUUUUCCAAAUGCCAAAGAACUCAGUCUAGAAAAGGUUGAAGCAGGCUUUCCAAUGUGUUUUUCACUGAUCUGUUUUUCUGUAGGUUUAUUUGUAAGAAAACACUAUGUCAAAGAAAAGAAUUCUAGUUAAAGUAAGAUAGCUGAGACUCAUAAAUAGUUCUGCCUUCUACUAUAUAUGAUAUGACUGCAACAUAUUUUUCACGUCCUUGAUUUGAGGGGUCCAUUGUUUAAAAAAUGUAGAAAAUAAUUUGAAGCACAGUGCAAUAUUAAUCAAGGCUUUUAAGCUGUUGGGCUAAUUUGAUGUCCACUGUGUGAAAAACCACUGUGAUCUAGUGAAUAGGUUUUUAAGUGUUAGACAAUUGCUUAAUAUUUAUUUGAGUUGGUUUAGUUUAGAAACUGAUUCUAUGUUUAUUUCUGAAGGUCUUCAUUUUGUGAACAGAUUCUAAAUGUUAUGUUUAUAAUUAUUCUGCAUUGGUAUAAAUUUGUCAUCUGGAAUCCAUGUGGAGCAGUCAAAGUAGUAAUGGGUGGGUACUUAUGGAAAGCUUUUGCUGUAAGUGGUAAAUUGGUUUUUGGGAUAUGGUGUUACAUAAAGGAAACAUAUUACAAGGAAAAUUGUAGACCAAAAAAAUGUAUUUUUAAAUUAAUUUGUUAGAGAUCUAGUUAUGUUUGUAAUAAAUCUUUUUAAUGACA